AAUCGCUUGGCCCUUUUCGUAUCCGCGACCUCUGAGCGUCGGACUAGAGACAUUCAGACAAGAUGGCCUCGCUCGUGGCCAUCGUGGAUAUCAAGGGCAAGUCCCUCAUCCAGCGGUCGUACAGGGACGAUGUGGCGCCCUCCACCGUCGAGCGUUUCCUCCCACUGCUUCUCGACAUGGAGGAAGAGAGCGGCGGGAGUGCGGUGAAUCCCUGCUUCACCAGCGAGGGCGUCAAUUACAUGUUCAUUCGGCACAACAACCUCUACUUGCUCGCCCUCUCGCGCCGAAACUCCAACGCUGCCGAGAUCCUUCUCUUUCUCCACAAGCUCGCCUCGGUGCUGGAGGAGUACUUCAAGGAGCUCGAAGAGGAGAGCAUUCGGGACAACUUUGUCAUCAUCUACGAGCUCCUCGAUGAGAUGAUGGAUUUUGGCUACCCUCAGACGACUGAGAGCAAAAUCCUCCAAGAGUACAUCACUCAAGAGUCACACAAGCUCGAAAUCCAGGCAAGACCGCCGAUGGCUGUGACGAAUGCCGUCUCUUGGCGAUCCGAGGGGAUUCGAUACCGGAAAAACGAGGUGUUCCUCGACGUCGUCGAGUCAGUCAACCUUCUCGUUAACGCAAACGGGAACGUUGUGCGGAGCGAGAUUCUGGGUGCUGUCAAGAUGAAGUGCUAUCUUUCGGGCAUGCCCGAGCUGAGAUUGGGUCUCAACGACAAGGUCAUGUUUGAGAGCACAGGGCGAGCGGCGAGAGGAAAGGCAAUCGAGAUGGAGGACGUCAAAUUCCAUCAAUGUGUCCGGCUUUCACGAUUCGAAAACGAUCGCACGAUCAGCUUCAUUCCUCCGGACGGCGAGUUUGAGCUCAUGUCGUACCGUCUUAGCACCCAAGUCAAGCCUUUGAUCUGGGCAGAGGCCAUCAUUGAGCGACACGAGGGCAGUCGUAUCGAAUUCAUGGUCAAGUGCAAGGCGCAAUUCAAGCGAAGAUCAACGGCCAACAAUGUCGAGAUCCACGUACCCGUGCCAGAUGAUGCCGACUCUCCAAAGUUCCGAGCUGCUGUAGGGUCUGUUCACUACGCACCCGAGAAGUCGGCCAUGGUUUGGAAGAUCAAGCAGCUGGGUGGCGGACGAGAGUUUCUCAUGAGGGCCCACUUUGGGCUGCCGAGCGUCAAGAACGAGGACACGCUCGACCGGAGAGCACCAAUCAACGUCAAAUUCGAGAUUCCAUACUUCACAGUCUCGGGUAUCCAGGUUCGGUACCUCAAGAUUGUGGAGAAGUCAGGCUACCAAGCGUUGCCAUGGGUGCGGUACAUUACUCAGCACGGAGAGUACGAUCUUCGGACACAAAGUGACAAAGCACAAGCUCGUCUGGCCCCUUUCUCGGCUUGAUGGCUUCGUGAAUCCAUCCUUCUCUAUAUUUUUGUACCGGUACACCAUCACAAUCAGAUUCCUUCACAUCGAGCACUCCAAGAGCUCAUGGACACGCAAUUCGCCCGUCCAUUCUUAUUUGUUCACCUUUGAGAGCCAUCCACUGCAUGUCUGUUAGUUCCCUGCAGCACAAGUUGAAGGCCCAAACCCCAAAUCAG